UUGUUGCACAUAUGAUUUUUUAGUUGAACUUAGGAGGAAGUGUUUUAAAUUACAAACGAUGAAAUUUCGUGAGAGCUCCAUCCUUUUCUUUAAAACGACUAUUGCUUGAUUUAUAUUAGGAUUUAUUUAUCUUCUUUGAGUAUUGGAAAAUAACGACGCUGUUUUCCUGACAUUUCUACUGAGUUUGACUGAGUACGUCAGAGUAUGGCAGGUUAUAUAUGUGAUGUUUACGUGACUGUCCAUGAUAUAAAAAAAAAAGAUGCUAUAGCCAGAGAUAGUGAAUAAAAAUUUUAAGCUACGGUAACGUGUUGAAUUUACAACAAUUGACGUUAGUAACCAUCAGUGAUUGAUCAGAAGAAGAAACGAUAACCUAAAUAUUUUACUUUUUUGAAAUAUUAAAAUGCCAAAAAAAAAAGACGGGUCAGAGAAGAAAAGCUGAAAAGCAAAAAUUAAGACAAAAAGAAAUUAGGACUGCUAAAGAACAAAUAGACAUAGCAAAGUUACCAUGUAAUACAGUAAUGGAAUGUGAUAAGUGCAAUAAAAAACAGAAAAGUCGUGCUUUUUGUUAUUUUUGUCAACAUGUGCAACGCUUACCAAUGUGUGCACAUUGUGGCAAAGUAAAAUGUAUGUUAAAAACGGGAGAUUGUGUUAUAAGACAUCCUGGUAUAUUCACUACAGGUCUGGGGAUGGUAGGAGCUAUAUGUGAUCAUUGUGAAGCUUGGGUUUGUCAUGGGAGACGUUGUUUAACUACUCAUGCAUGUACUUGUCCAUUAAUGGAUGCUAUUUGUCAAGAAUGUGAAAGAGGAGUAUGGGAUCAUGGUGGAAGAAUAUUCCGCUGUUCUUUCUGUAAUUGUUUCCUUUGUGAAGAUGAUCAAUUCGAACAUCAAGCAUCAUGUCAAGUAUUAGAAGCUGAAAGUUUCAAAUGCCAGUCUUGUAAUCGUUUAGGACAGUAUUCAUGUCUCAGAUGUAAAACAUGUUAUUGCGAAGAUCAUGUGCGUAGAAAAGGAUUUAAAUAUGAAAAGAAUAAACCUAUACCUUGUCCCAAAUGUGGAUAUGAAACAUCGCAAACUAAGGACCUUAGUAUGUCUACAAGAAGUCAUAAAUUUGGUAGACAAACUCAGGCUGGACCAUAUGAUUCCGACGAAGAAAAUAGUUAUAAUGAUUAUGGUACUAAUGAUGCUGAAUGUUAUGGUGGUUCAGAAUAUUAUAUUGCUAAUGAUGAUGAAGAAGAUGAAGAUGAAAAUGAAAACGAUGAUGAUGAAGAAGAGGAACAAGAAGAUGAAUCUUCAAGUGAGGAUGAAGUAAAGGAUAGUGAUAAAUUGAGGAAAGAAAUAUAAAAAUCCUUUAGUAAUAAUGUGAACUUAACACAUGGAAAAUAUACAAAAAAGUAUGAAAAUUAAAAAUUACUAUAUGAACCCAUUUGCAUCAUGCGUCUACUUAAUAUGCCGUAUUCAAAAAUCAGCAAUGUUCAAUUGAUGAUCGGCCCGUAUCACCGGGCGCAGUCGAUCGUAAGUGCAGUACAUGACAACAGAAUUAUACUUUUUAAAACAGUUGAUACAUCGUAAACAACGAAUUCUAUAAUUUUUUAUUAAAAUAGAAAAAAUUAAAAUUUCAUAGAUAAAAUAAAAAAUUUAUUUUUCGUGAAAUUCCUUAAAGUGAUCAAUACAUAAUGGUACAUCGCAAAUAUGGCAUUUAUAAAUCGUUUCUCUUCGCAAAGACUUAGAUAAGCAUACAAUGCAUCGCUUUGAUGUUCUUUUUCCUUUUGCUAAAGUUGCAGGUAUCCGUAUAGGAAAAUGCCUGCCAGUAUAUCGCGUUAUUGAAUCAUUGAUAGAUGAUGCCUCGCUUACUUUUAUAUAUAGUAAAUAUUUUUCAAUAAUUUCUUCGGCUAAUUUUUGUUUAUAAACAUGGAAAGCUCGAUCUUUUUUAUUGUUUUUAAAAAGUACGUAACUAUUUAAUAACAUCAUAUCUAUGAAAUAAAAAAAUAUUUUCUUAUAGGACUUUCUACAUCUUCGCAUAGUAUGAAAUUUACUUAACAUUUCAUCACCAACAUCAACUCCAUCCAUAUACUGAUUGUAAUCUAUUACUACUGUUGGUUUUAAAGUUUUUUGUCUGCUAUAUCGGUUUAUUUUCCCAGUUUCUGCAAAAUCUAAGCCAUGCAUAGUUGUUAGUAAAACGACAUCUUUUUUAUCCUUCCAUUUUAUCGCCGCCAUAUCCCUUGUAGAAAAUACAACAGCUUCUCCCUUUUGUAAUUGGUGUAAUUUUAAUUCUCGAGGCAUUUCUUUCCUAUUCAUUCUCGCUGUUCCACAUACAUUUGUUUCCAUAUUAUAUAAUUUUCGAUAUAAGGUCGGUGAACUGUACCAAUUGUCAAUAAACAAACAAUAUCCUUUA